UGGGCUUAAUUGUUUGCUUCCUAGACCAAGAUGAAGUCAGUCCAGUUUUGCUUCCUUUUCUGUUGCUGGAAAGCAAUCUUCUGCAAUAGCUGUGAGCUGGCCAACAUCACCAUUGCAGUGGAGAAAGAGGAGUGCCAUUUCUGCAUAAGCAUCAACACCACUUGGUGUGUGGGCUACUGCUAUACCAGGGAUCUCGUGUAUAAGGACCCUGCCAGGCCAAACAUCCAGAAAGCAUGUACCUUCAAGGAGCUGGUGUACGAGACAGUGAAACUGCCCGGCUGUGCUCACCACACAGACUCCCUGUACACGUACCCAGUGGCCACCGAAUGUCACUGUGGCAAGUGUGACAGCGAUAGCACUGACUGCACCGUGAGAGGUCUGGGGCCCAGCUACUGCUCCUUCGGUGAAAUAAAAAAAUAAAGAACAAUGGACAUUUCAGGCCACCUACCCUUGUCCUAAGGACAAAGCUAUCCAAAAAGUCUGUGUGUGUGCAAUGUGCCCAGGGUGCAAACCACUG